AUGUGUCGGGAAACGGUGAACGCCUCCGCCGGAACCCGGGUGCGGCGGAGACGAACGAAGCAGCAACCCGACCCCAGUAAAGCCCCCGAUAAGGAGAAUCCCACAGAAAGGACCAACCGCACUGUGAAGACGCUGAUAUCCCAGCUGUCGGAAGGCGACCAGAGUUCAUGGGAUAAUAUGUUUCCAGAGAUAUCCCUCGCGAUCAAUAGCAGUAUAUCGGAUUCGACGGGGUAUAGCCCCGCGUUCCUAACUCAAGGACGGGAACCACGCUUGCCUGCGAUGCUGUAUGAUGAGCGAAUCUUCAGCGAGCGCCUCAAGACCAGGCGAGACUUUAUAACCUACAAAGGCGAGACCCUCGCUCGGCGCGCCCCGGAGAUCGACGGCGGCGGAUCGCCAACAUAUCCCAGCUUAAACCAUACUACGCAGGAGCCACUCCAGAUAGGAUCGACGAUAAUAUUACCGGACCGAGCAAUCCGAUACAGUAAGCGGCAUACAGCCGCAGGAUAG